AUGGAUUCGUUCAAUGCCAGUGUUGCUAGCACAGACAUGUCGGAAGAGUCCCCUUGCAAUGACGUUCAACAAGAGGCUUUAAAUUCCAAAGAAAUCAUUGAUCAAAGCCAAUCCGAUGAAGGGGUGAAUAAUCACGAGUCGAGCUUGUCCGAGUCAGUUUGGCUGAGUCCUCCUCCAAGGCUGUCAGGGUCAUCAGAUAAGCCACCUCCUCCUCCACCUGUGGAUGAGGAAGAGGAGCGCGAGUAUAGCUGCAAGUAUUGUGACAAGAAGUUCUCAAACAAGCAAGCUUUAGGCGGGCACCAGAAUGCGCACAAACUUGAACGCACCAUUGAACAAAAUUUCCAGGAAGGGCAGAUAUCUAAUUUCAUUGGUUCUUUCAAAUCAUCUAGAGCCCUUAUGUACUCUUAUUUCCCUCAACAGGGCACCAUGCACCAUGAAAUGAUGGCUUAUGAGCGUGGACCCCAUCCCCUUUCAGGGAUUAACGAGGGUUACCCUGGAUCUCUGAGGCCUGUGCCUGGAAAUGUUCCUCAGUUUGUGGCACGUCCUGGUUCUUUACGCCUGGAAAAUCGUCCUCCAAGGAUUCACUUUCCGACUCCAAGAGGUGGAAUAAGCAGUUCAUUUUCACAGCUGGUUCCCUACAAGAACUUUCGGGGAGAGAGUAGCAAUGUGCAGAUGAAUGGUCGAGAGACUGAGCAAGUUGAAGACGACGACAACUCAGGCCUAGAUUUGUCUCUCAAGCUUUAA